UCAGCGCUCAGAAAUGGCGGCGGACGGUGGUAGCUCUCCGCUGCAGCUUCCCUGCGUUUUCUCCCCCAAAUCCCGACAGUACUUGGCGCUAUGUGCCCAGGACGGCCGACUCCGCGUGUGGAACACGGACAGCAAGACGCUCCAGCAAGAAUACGUGCCUUCAGCCCACCUGAGUGCCACCUGUACGUGCAUAGCUUGGGGACCAUGCCGGACGGUAAAGGAGGGACCUCAGAGAAAGAAGAGGAAAUCAGAGGCGGUGCCGGUGGAGGAGAAGGCAGAUCUGUUGGCGAUGGGCACGGCGGCCGGCACCGUGCUCAUCUACAGUACAGUGAAAGGAGCACUGCACUGCACCCUGCAGGACGGAGGCCACAGCGCAGGAGUGAACUGUGUGCAGUGGCACCCUGAAGAAAGCUUACUAUACAGCGGCUCAGACGACACCUACAUCGUGGAAUGGGACCUGCAGACCGGCAAGACGCGAAGUAAGUGGAAGGCGGACCGAGCAGCAGUGACCAGUCUGUGUGUGAGUCCCGAUGGAAAGCUGCUGCUGUCGGCCGGACACGUCAUCAAGAUGUGGGACCUCGACACCAAGGAGGUUUACAGGAAGUUCACAGGCCACUCCACGGCUGUGACGACCCUGCGCUUUGCCACCUCGCGACCUCCCGACAGCAACGGCCUCUACUUCCUGUCGGGCGCCUCACACGAUCGACUGCUCAGCGUCUGGCAAGUUAGAGAAGAUGGGAAAGACAAGAAUUCUGUGGUGUCCUUCACGCUGACGGACGAGCCGCAGCACAUCGACCUCGUCACAUCCAACAGCAAAGACGAGGCGGUGAGGUUGGCAGUGGUGUGUAAAGACGGGCAGCUGCAUCUCUUUGAGCACUUUUUAAACGGGCCCUGUAAGAAGCCUCUGUCACCGUCGUGCUCGGUGCAGAUGUCGGACACACGAGAGUCCCCGAUGCCGAUCCCUCUGCUGGCGGCGGCUCUGGUGGCCGACACCCGGACGGUGCUGCUGGCCUAUGGGAGCCACCUGCAGCCGGUCAUGGAGAGAGUGGAGGUCAACACAGCAGAACGGCAUGUGUGUUUGACCAGGGAUGUCCAGACCAGCUUGUCCCUUUCCUUGGACACCGCAGUCUCCAAGGUGAAAACUCCAAUGGUCAACGACAAGAGCAAGAUUCUGAUACCUGGGCUCCCUGGUCACCAAGCCCCCGUCAAAGGAUCAGAGAAGAGGAAAAAAGGCUCAGACACCAAAGAGAUGUCAAUAGCGGAGCGACUGGGCGAAAUCGAUCUGUCUGCGGCUCUGGCGGAGAAAGAAGGCCCUAAAGGAACGGCCUCGUUACAGACGGACAAUUUCGCCGUGCUGCUGGUGCAGGGCCUGGAGAGCAACGACGCCAACAUCCUAAAUAAAGUUUUGCAAACUAGAAAAGAAGUGGUAAUAAAGAAGACGGUGGCGCGGUUACCCCUCCCCGCUGUUCUGCCUUUACUGGAAGAACUCACAAAGAGGCUCCAAGGACACCCUUUUAUGGCGAUUCUCAUGGUGCGGUGGCUCAAGGCGGUGCUCAUGCAUCACACGUCAUACCUGGCAUCGCUACCGGACCUGGUCAACCAGCUGGGCGUCCUCUACCACAUGAUCGAGAGCCGGGUUCGGAUGUUCCACAAGCUGACCAAGCUGCACGGGAAGCUCUACCUUCUCAUGACACAGGUGGCGACGAGCGACCUCGAAACAGGAGCAGAAGUCGACCACACAGCAAAGCUGGUGUAUGAAGAGGAAUCAUCUGACGAAGACGAGGCCUCUGGAGAUGAAGGACUUCCCGACGAAGAUUCUGACCACUGGGAAGAGGAAGACGAGGACGAGGAGGAGGCGGCCAUGGAGGGAACGGCCGACGACCACGAGGAGGCAGAUGACGACGACGACGACGACAAAGACCCCGACAGCAGAACAGAAUCCAAAGCCAACGGAGAGGAAGACAUGGAGCAUGAAAACGAGAGCGAAGAAGAAUAAGACGACGCAAAACAAAAAAACCCACCAAUUGUACCGAAAAAUGGACUUGAAAGAGCUAUAUAUAGAUAUAUAUACUUUCAUUUUAUUUUCACAACUUUGAUUUUAAUAUCAGAACAGAACAAUGUUUUACAAAAAUCAAGGGACACAUUGAAACGUCGCUCUCAUCCCCCCACCCCUCCACCCCGGUCCCGUCUCGCCGUUCCGCCUCAUUAACUUCCUGCAAAAAUGAGCUGUGCGAGUCGAGGCCGUCGCUCCGCCUGCGUCCCGGCUCCGCUGCCUGACCUGCCGGCCUCCACCCGGAGCGUCGGUCCGGCCCGCACUGCCGUCUGCAUUCCAAACCGUUCGUCCUCACGUCAGACGUACAAAUAGAAGUUCAUGUCCAUCUUAACAGUAGGAGGUUUGUUUUUUUGUUUUUUCUUUAAUUUUUUUUUUUCCCCCUCUCAACCCGGCUCUGCAGGCCGUGUCCGACCUCCGGGUACUGUUCAGAUACUGGCGUAAUGCAGAAGUGGAGCUGGGAUGCGGCCUUCAUUACCCCCCAGCAGACAGUCCAUCACACACACACACACACACACACACAUAAUGUAAAUCUGUAAGUACAGUGAAGUGUUUGUACAAGCUCUUCCCUCUACAGCUAUCCCUCCCUCUAAUCCUUGGGAUUAAAUUAACUCCUGUAAAGUCUCCUGAAUGCCGUUUUGUUUUUCAUUUUCUUUUCUAUUGUUUCCAGGCAGCCCUCCUUUUAACAGUUUCUUUUCUUUUUUGGUGUGCGUGCGUUGAUUUUCUGGGCAUGUCUCGCUGCCCGCUGCCUUCAGCACACAGUCACAGAGGAAGACCGACCGACUGGAGGAAAAACAAAUUGUGAACUGUGCUCAAAUAGGUGAAUAAAUGGGUUUUGAAAAACGG